GUCACGCCACGCGUGGCAACUCCUUAAUUAUUUUUUUUAAAAAAAAGCAGGGCAAGCUCGCCGAGUGGUUGAGUGAGCAUCAGCCGAUACAGAUAGCCCUCGCCCGCCGCCGGAGCCAGAAGAGCCGAGGGAAAUUGAAGAGGGGGGAAAAGAGGAGAGAGAUGCUGCAGGUGGAGGAGGCGCUGGCGGCGGUGCUGUCCGCCGCCGCGCCGGCCCGCGCCGCGCCGCGCGACGUGCCGCUGCACGAGGCGCUCGGCCUCGUCCUCGCCGAGGACGUCCGCGCGCCCGACCCGCUCCCUCCCUUCCGCGCCUCCAUCAAGGACGGGUACGCCGUCGUGGCCUCCGACGGGCCCGGGGAGUACCCGGUGAUUACGGAGUCGAGGGCCGGCAACGACGCCCUCGGCGUGGUCGUUGCCCCGGGCACGGUCGCCUACGUCACCACCGGAGGGCCGAUUCCCGAUGGUGCUGAUGCCGUCGUGCAAGUGGAGGACACCGAGCAGGUCCCCGCCGGAGCAGAUGGGUCCAAGAGGGUUAGGAUUUUGGUGCGGGCUGCUGAGGGGCAAGACAUCCGCAAUGUGGGAUGUGACAUAGAGAAGGAUUCGAUAGUGCUUAUGUCUGGUGAGCACAUUGGUCCUGCAGAAAUUGGGCUACUUGCAACAGUGGGUGUGACUACUGUCAAGGUAUACCCUCGACCAACCAUUGCUGUAUUUUCCACAGGGGAUGAACUAGUGCAGCCAGCAACUGCCACCCUCAGUCGUGGUCAGAUUCGUGAUUCCAACCGCGCCAUGCUUCUAGCUGCUGCCGUUCAGCAGAAAUGCAAAGUGGUUGACCUGGGUAUUGCACAAGACACUGAAGAAAGUCUUAAAGAGCACAUGGAUGCAGCACUACGUUCUGAUGCUGAUAUAAUCCUUACUUCUGGUGGUGUUUCCAUGGGUGACAGAGAUCUUGUCAAACCCUGCCUAGCAAAGAUGGGUAAAAUUCACUUUGAGAAGAUCCGAAUGAAACCAGGAAAGCCAUUAACAUUUGCUGAGAUCAUCACACAAGACACAUCGAAGCCAUCUAAAACAGUUCUGGCAUUUGGUUUGCCUGGAAACCCAGUGAGCUGUAUGGUUUGCUUCAAUCUUUUUGUUAGUCCUGCAAUUCGUCUCCUCUCAGGUUGGUCAAAUCCUCAUCUGCAAAGAGUGCAUGUGCGCCUAUCACAUCCUUUAAGAGAAGACCCACAUCGCACAGAGUUUCACCGAGCAGUAAUCAGAUGGGUGCUUGAUGAUGGAUCUGGUAGACCUGGUUAUAUAGCUGAGAGCACUGGUCAUCAGGCUAGUAGCCGCCUCCUAAGUAUGAAGUCCGCAAAUGCUCUGCUGGAGGUACCAUCGACUGGGCAGAUAUUGGCAGCUGGAACAUCUAUCCAAGCUAUACUUAUUUCAGACAUAAUUAGUUAUCCUUCAGAUAAACCACCCGCUGCUUCAGAUACACGUCCAUCUCAUUUUGCUCCAUCUUCAAAAAGUAUUUCCAUGGAUGUACCUCAGUUUGCAGCUUCUCAAGAUGCUGAAGUUAAAGUAGCAAUUCUGACAGUAAGUGACACUGUUUCAUCUGGUGCUGGCCCUGAUAGGAGUGGCCCAAGAGCUGUAUCUGUAGUGAAUUCUUCAUCAGAGAAACUGGGUGGAGCAACCGUGGUUGCUACUGCCGUUGUUCCUGAUGAAGUGGACAAGAUCAAGGGCAUUCUAGUACAAUGGAGUGAUGUCGACCAUGUUAACCUCAUUCUGACAUUAGGUGGUACUGGCUUCACACCUAGAGAUGUCACACCAGAAGCAACAAAAUCUGUGAUAGAGAAAGAAGCACCAGGUCUCACAUUUGUUAUGCUUCAAGAGAGUUUGAAGAUUACACCAUUCGCAAUGUUAUCCCGGGCAACGGCUGGAAUUAGAGGAUCGACUCUUAUCAUCAACAUGCCUGGCAACCCAAAUGCUGUGGCGGAGUGCAUGGAAGCGCUCCUCCCGGCGCUCAAGCAUGCCCUUAAGCAGAUAAAGGGUGACAAAAGGGAGAAGCACCCCCGCCACACCCCUCAUGCUGCAGCAGCACCGGUGGACCAGUGGGAGCGGAGCUACAGAGCCGCGUCGGCUGGCAGUGGUCGGGGCUGCUCUUGCGAACCCUGAUCGAUACCCAACAGAGCUGGGGAACCAACACUCGAGAUAGUAGGAGAGCUCUGUUCAUCCGUGCUCCUCUGGAUGCCUGCGCCAGUUCGAUGUUGAAGUUUAGGUUCCGUUUGUUGUGAUGUCCUCUGAAGAUGCUGAACUCCUGCGUUACAUCUCGCCGUCACUUGUUCGAGAACUUCACUGUGUUUCAAAUAAAGUACAGCACCAGUUUUAAAAAUGACCUUUUUCAGAGCUUCAAAA